AUGAACACCUUCCUGCUUGCCAUUGCUGAUGGUUCCGCCCUCCCUGAAGAACGCCUUCCUCGCUACUUCGCUAAACAUGGUCACGUUGACGCCGAUCCAAAGGGUGUGAAGAAGCAAGGUGGCGGCAAGGGCAAUUGGGGUCGUGAAGGCGAUGAAGUCCAUGACUACGACUACAAGUUCACCAAUUCUCGCCGUCGUUCCAACUCUAGCACCCAAGUCCUCGGGGAUUUCAAGACCAAGUUCGAAACCGUCGACGCGGAGCCUGUCUUUGAGGAGGGAUUGCACGGACCUACCGACGAAGAUAUCGAAAAGGCCUCCACUCUGUCCAAGGAAGAGAGCACCGACUCCAGCACUUUGGGAGGGAGCUAUGAUGAUGAAGACAAGAAAUUGUAA